UAGAACAACGAUUCACGUUACUUCCUCACUCUCUCGGUCAUGUGAUACACUGACUGUGGACCCUGUCUGGCAGCUGGACAGGAUACUGAAGUUAUCUCAAGUCAAAACUUCUUACCUCUGAGAUAUUCUUGGUUUUAAAGAAAAACACCACCAUGGCGGAACUAGGUUUUGUGAUCGCCAUGUCUGUGAUGACUCUGUUUUGGGGCAUUAUUGGCGGAGUAGUGCCCUGGUUUAUCCCUAAGGGACCAAAUAGAGGAGUGAUAGUCACAAUGCUGGUGUUAACCGCAGUCUGCUGCUACCUGUUCUGGUUGAUAGCAAUUCUGGCCCAGUUGAACCCACUUUUCGGACCUUCUCUGUCCACUGACACCAUCUGGUACCUGAACUAUCACUGGCCUUAAUUUACUCUCCCAGGACUCCUGACCAAGCAGCGGGGGAGGACCUGACACUGCUGCAUACCAAUGGAUGUUUGCUUCUGACUUCAUGCAGAGAUCAUUCCUUCUGAAUCACCCAAAGCUCAGACCCCUGUGCAAUUUAAUGAGUGACGCCCACACUGGUGCCUUAAACAAAAAAAGAUUCCCAAAGGACUUCUGAGUGAUCUCACUGAAUGUGCUUUACUUUAAAUUAAAGCAACCUUCACUUGUUGUUUGGUUAUAUUAUGUAUAUUGUGUUUAUUGUUAAUAUGGAUGGCCGUGCCUUUAAAUAGUUGAUGUGUUUGAUGUUCUCUUUUUGUGUCUGAUAAUAUUAGUAAUGGAUGCAAUCCUCUCAACAGUGGAGUAUUAAUAAACUAAUAAUCAACCCAA